UUAGCCAUCAUUAGUGAGUUAGCUAGCUAGCACAUCUCAAAUUCAGCCCAAAGACCACAGAAGCCCCGGAUUUUGGCUUUUCUAAUUUAGCUGCCUCUCAGGGGGGGGAUUACUCUCUUCUUCUCUUCUCUUCUGGACUUAAAAUGGAAGGACUAUACUAUGAUAUUUCCCGGAUUGUCUACUACACAGAAUAUGACAGACACCUAGCAGGAGCGGCAGUGUCAGCAGGGAAAACCAUGGCGACGGCCUACCUGGACCCCAACCUGAACCAUGCCCUUCUGGGAGGCGCCAAGUCGCGGCUGAGCGGAGGGGUGUCGGACCGAACCAUGGCAGGCUCCGUGGAGAGGGUUCUGAAAGUCUUCCAUCACUUUGAGACCAACACUGAAAACAGCUGCUGGUCCUCCAAUAUCCGAUAUGGAGAUGCAACUGAUGUCAGGGGAAUCAUUCAGAAGAUUCUGGACAUCCACAAAGUGCGCUGGACGUCCUGUUUCGGCCUCCGCCUCAGCAACAGCCAAUCCAGGGAUCAGGUGCACUGGCUCCACCCUGAUAUGGGCGUGUCCCACGUCAGGGAAAAUUACGAAUUACAACAAGCACGACCAAACGAGGAGUGGAGAUAUGAGUUAAGGAUCCGGUAUCUUCCGAAAGGCUUUGUGCAGCAGUUUACAGAAGACAAACCAACACUCAACUACUUCUACCACCAGGUGAAGCAUGACUACAUGACACAGGUUGGGGAACAGGUGGAACAAGAUGUAGCUUUCAAACUGGGCUGUCUAGAAAUCAGGAGGUUCUUCAAAGAGAUGAGAGGAAACGCCCUGGACAAGAAGUCCAACUAUGAACUAUUGGAGAAAGACGUUGGCUUGAGGCGAUUUUUCCCAAAAGACCUGCUGGAUUCAGUCAAGGCUAAAACCCUGCGUAAAUUGAUUCAGCAGACGUUCAAGCAGGUAGCCAAUCUCAACGAUGAGCAGUGCAUCCUCAAGUUUUUGGAGAUACUUGCUCCAAUCUACCGCUACGACAAGGAGUGCUUCAAAUGUGCGCUUGGGUCCAGCUGGGUGAUCCAGGUGGAGCUGGCUAUCGGGCCAGAGGAAGGGAUCAGCUACCUCACUGACAAGGGAUCCACGCCCACCCAUCUAGCUAACUUCAAUCAAGUUCAGUCCAUCCAGUACUCGGCUAUGGAGGAGAAGGACAGGAAAGGGAUGCUACAGCUCAACGUAGCCGGAGCUGCUGAGCCUCUCACGAUUACGACAGCAUCACUGACCAUGGCAGAGAACUUGGCUGACCUGAUUGACGGUUACUGUCGACUCAUCACCAUGGAAACUCACUCUUUCAUCGUUCGAUAUCAGAAAGAGGGAGAGAGAGCACUGCCUUCCAUCCCAAAAGUAUCAAAUAAUGAGAAAAAGUUAGAAGCAGUCAGGAGUGGAGUAAGAGCUAUCUCUGUGUCAGAAGAUCUUAGCGGGGAUGAGACUGAUGACUAUGCUGAGAUAGUUGAUGAAGAAGACACAUACACCAUGCCCUCCACGCGGGAUUAUGAGAUCCAGAGGGACAGGAUAGAGUUGGGUCGCUGCAUAGGAGAGGGUCAGUUUGGAGAUGUACACCAAGGAGUCUAUAACAGCCCGGAUCAUCCAGAUCUAGCUGUCGCCAUAAAGACCUGUAAGAACUGCACAUCAGACAGCGUCAGAGAAAAGUUCCUACAAGAAGCAUUGACAAUGCGUCAGUUUGACCACCCUAACAUCGUCAAGCUGAUCGGAGUGAUCACAGAAAACCCUGUGUGGAUCAUCAUGGAGCUCUGCACUCUCGGAGAGUUGCGUUCGUUUCUACAGGUUAGAAAGUACAAUUUGGAUUUGGCCACUCUCAUUCUGUUCGCCUACCAGCUCAGCACAGCGCUCGCAUAUCUGGAGAGCAAACGCUUUGUCCACAGGGACAUCGCCGCUCGUAACGUGUUGGUCUCUUCAGUGGACUGUGUGAUGCUCGGAGACUUCGGUCUGUCGCGAUACAUGGAGGACAGCUCUUACUACAAAGCUUCUAAAGGUAAACUUCCAAUCAAAUGGAUGGCUCCUGAAUCGAUCAACUUCAGAAGAUUCACCUCUGCAAGCGAUGUCUGGAUGUUUGGUGUGUGUAUGUGGGAAAUUUUGAUGUACGGCAUCAAGCCUUUCCAGGGCGUGAAGAACAAUGACGUGAUUGGCAGGAUAGAGAAUGGCGAGCGGUUGGCCAUGCCUCCUCAGUGCCCGCCCACCUUCUACAGUUUGAUGACCAAAUGUUGGUCGUAUGACCCCAGCAAGCGACCGCGAUUCACCGAACUCAAAACACAACUCAACACCAUACUGGAGGAGGAGAAGAUGCAGCAAGAGGAGAGACUUCGGAUGGAGAUGAGGAGACAGAUCACCGUGUCCUGGGACUCUGGAGGGUCGGAUGAAGCACCGCCUAAGCCCAGCAGACCAGGAUACCCCAGUCCUCGCUCCAGUGAGGGUUUCUUCUCCGGCCCCCAACUUAACCACUUCUCGCCAUCAGCCCGGGGUGUCGGAGGCAGCUACCCUCCCUCUGACUCCUGGAGUCAACACAGACCUGAGCACACUGCCCUGUGGAGCCCCAACAUGGAGGAGGGUGGAUGUGUGGGCCAUGCUAUGAUGGAGGAGAGGCUGAUGAUGCAGCAGCAGCAGAUGGAGGAUGACCAGCGGUGGCUGGAGCAGGAGGAGAGCUUCAUGGUUAUGAAGGCAGAAUCCAGAAACAGCAGAGGCAGCAUCGAAAGAGAGGACGGCAUUCUGCAAGCACCGGGUGGAAGCCAACAUAUCUACCAGCCUAUAGGGAAACCAGAACAUGUGGCUCCUCCUAAGAAGCCCCCCCGCCCUGGAGCUCCUGCUCACCUGACCAACCUAUCCAGUUUGUGCCCCGUGGACAGCUACAACGAGGGGGUCAAGUUGCAGCCUCAGGAGAUCAGCCCGCCCCCCACCGCCAACUUGGACCGUUCUAACGACAAAGUGUAUGAGAACGUGACGGGGUUGGUUAAAGCUGUGAUUGAGAUGUCCAACAGGAUCCAGCCUGCCGCCCCCGAGGAGUACGUCCCAAUGGUCAAGGAGGUGGGUCUGGCCCUCAGGACUCUGCUAGCAACAGUGGACGAGACGCUUCCUGUGCUGCCAGCCAGCACACACAGAGAGAUUGAGAUGGCUCAGAAGUUGUUGAAUUCAGAUCUGGCCGAGUUAAUAGCGAAGAUGAAACUGGCCCAACAGUAUGUCAUGACAAGUUUACAAAAGGACUACAAGAAACAGAUGCUAAUGGCAGCUCACGCCCUCGCAGUGGACGCCAAGAACCUGCUGGACGUCAUCGACCAAUCACGACUCAAGAUGAUCCGCCCACACUAGUUCCUGUUGGAGAGGGAGAGUGUAGUAGCUCUCAGCCAAUCACAAAGAGGAGAGGACAUUUCUAGAUGGAUAUCACUGAUGGACGGAUGAAAAAAUGAACUGAAAGCAGACAUGACUAAAACAAUCCGCUCGCUCUCCUCUUCCUCCAAACAUUCAUAAUCUUUUCUUCUCUCUGGCCACGGUCAUGUUUUGGUCAAUAUUCUGUUUUUUUGUACUUUUUUGUUGCAUUAUUUGCUUUUGUAUUCAGCGAAACGCUCCUCUCCCCCAUCACGUAUCGCCAGAGAUACGUUUUUUGUUUUUCAAAUCAUCCAUUACUUAUUUUUAAUCUUUGAAGAAAGAUUUCCGAGGCUCGCUUGAAGGACACGACUAACACUCUCCACAUGUGCAGGAUGUAACAACUGGAACUGAAGAACCAGAAUGAGGAGGAUCAUGAAGAUGAUAUGAUAAUGUUGUUGUUUAAACAUGCUUUUAUAUCAUUAUUAAUUAUAAUUAUUACUAUGUUCAGCCUUGACUUUUACAGCAUGUCUCUAUGUUCAGUCCUCUUCUUGAAUAUUCAAUAGGCAAAAAUAAUUGAUUUCCAGCUGCUCAUAAACAUCAUAAUUUCAUAUUUUUCUUCGACCUUCUUUUAUCUAGAUCUCUUUAUCUCAGGCAUUAAGAGUUGGCAUAACACAGAAAUAUGAAAGAAGAACAAUCUAAAUGUCACAGACCACUUUUUAAGUACAUAUACAAAAAGCUAUAUUUGUAACACUUCUGAGGCAUGAAUUGUUGGUGAAGGGGGGCAGAGGGGUGAGAAGGAGGGAGGCUGGAUUUUGAGUUACAUUGGAGUUUCUAAUUAUACUGUACAGUAGGUCACCCUGUGUCAAAUGCACUUAAAAGGAACGUUUCACUCAAACUAUAUUGGUUUCCUCAACAAUUCAACAUUUUCUGGAGCAACUCGCCUAUUUUUACAGAAGUUUCUACAAAAAUGUAAAUGAAUUAUUUCUCUAUCAAUGUUUUGGUAUAUUGAAACCAAAUUGGUUUGUUGCAUUAAGCAUGUUGCGGGUCCCUUCAUCAUACUCAGACAGAUACACACCUUUAAACUGUGUUUUUUAAACUACAGCAUGGGUUGGUGGUCAGGUUCAUAGAGGUUCAUCUUUUAAAUGGUUCAUGUCCACAAUCAUUUGCUCUCAAUCAGUCCUUCUUAUAAUCCCACCCUGUCUUUCUACCUCCAUCCACUGGAGUUAUUUAUACCUUUUAUCCCCUUUCUUCUUCUGCUCUGUCACCCCCACAUUUCUAUCCCCCUGGCCUCUCUGAUUCUCUCUCCAUCCCACUGUUCCCUCUCUACUGAGGUGAGCAGCAUUCUCAGGAAGGAGUCACAUGUACAGUUGCUAAACCAAGCAAAUAAAAACACUGUUAUCUUUAAGAAAUA